AUGGGGCAUGACUGUGGAACUCAGAGAACUAACCAGAAAUCUUUCCGCAUGGACUCAAAACGUAGCAUUCCAGUGUUGAACGAAGUUCUGGUGGACCUUGAUCAUGAGGUAAAGACAAUUAUUCAUAGGCUUACCAGGGGUUCAAAGCUAUUGGAUUUUGUUUCAAUUGUGGGUAUGGCUGGACUUGGUAAGACAACAUUGGCCAAUAGAGUUUGCAAUGAUCCAUUAAUUAUGAGCCACUUUCAUAUCCUUGCUCGGUGUACUGUUUCCCAAGUGUAUAGCAUGCAUAGUUUGUUAGUUCAGCUUUUAUGUAGUAUCUCUUCUAGGAGUCCUGAUGAAUAUCUUGAGCUGGAUGAAAAUGAUUUGGCUCUCAAGUUGUACAAACUUUUAAAGAGAAACAGGUAUCUCAUUUUUUUGGAUGAUGUGUGGGAGAUUAAGGCAUGGAAUUUGCUGGAGAGAUCAUUGCCCGAUGAUGUUAAUGGAAGUAGGAUUCUCUUCACCAGCAGAAUUCAAUUGCAAUUCAAACCUGAUAGCAAGGCUCACCAUCUCCGCCACCUUACUGACGAAGAGAGUUGGAAAUUGCUGCAGAGAAAGGUAUUUGGCAAAGAAGGUUUUCCUCCAACACUAGGUAAAGUUGGACCUCAAAUAGCAAACUUAUGUAGGGGCUUACCUCUCACAGUUGUCCUUGUUGCUGGAAUUCUUACUAAUACUGCAGAAGACUGCUGGGAAGAAGUUGCAAAGAGUCUAACUUCCAAUAUUGUCCUUGAUGAUGAAUAUUGCAUGACGACGCUUGAGUUGAGUUACAGUCAUUUACUGGAUGAUUUGAAGGCAUACCUUCUUUACUUUGGUGCAUUUAAAGAAGAUGAAGAUGUUCCUAUCCGAAGGUUGUUAUGGCUCUGGAUCUCUGAAGGCUUCGUGCGGAAGACUGAAGAAAAGAGUUUAGAGGAUGUGGCAGAUGACUAUUUGAAGGAUCUGGUUGAUAGAAGUUUAGUUAUGGUUUCUGAACAAAGAACCAUGGGUGGUGCCAAAACCUGCCAACUUCAUGAUUUGGUAAAUGAGUUUUGUGUGAAAAAAGCCAAAGAAGAAAACUUUCUACAUGUUUUGCAUGGUCGGAAUGAUCGUUUUAUUCUUACUGGCCCAAGCAACCCCUUCCGAGUUUGUGAUCAAAAUGCCGGGAAUUUGAUGAUUCGGGAGUUAAUGCCAGAAUUUCCCAAUGUACGCAGUUUGUUAUUGUUUAAUAAGGAUGAUUUAGGGUUUUGGUUACCUAAACUUCUAAGAGUGUUGGAUUUGGGGGAAUUGGAGUUUGGUGCAUAUUUUCCUAUGGAAGUACUUUUGCUUGCUCACUUGAGAUACUUGGCUCUUCGUACUAUCGCAGUAAAAUUCAUCCCAGCUGCAAUAGCUAACCUCUCAAGGUUACAAACUUUUCUGGUACGAGGAAAUAGCUUUGAUUGUUUGUUACCCAAGACUAUCUGGAACAUUAAGACAUUGAGGCAUCUAUGGACUACAUAUCGCAAUGAUGGUUUUAUUUUUCCUGUUGAAAAUCUUGAAGUAUCCCCAGGUUUAGAUCAUUUAGAUACCUUAAGCCUUGCCAUUGAUCCCUCCUCUCAAAGCUUGCAAAAGAUACUGACAAAGUUACCAAACAUCCGCAGGCUAAGAUGUAAGAUGACGGAAUCAAGAGAAGAAGCUACCAGAAUUGGCAACGGGAUUCUUGGGUUUGACUGUUUGAGUCAACUAGAGUCACUUACUCUGGUUUACUUUGACAGAUAUGGAUUUAAAUUCCCAUUGAAUUUGAAGAAGUUGACACUCCUAGCGACUGAUCCGCUAUGGAGUGAAAUCUCAACAAUUGGAAAGUUGCCCAAACUUGAAGUGCUUAAAUUACUCGGUAGCUCCGUCGUUGGGGAAGAAUGGGAAAUGACAGAAGGGGAGUUCCCUAAGCUCCGAGUCUUGAAAUUGUCACAAUUGUGGGACUUUCGCAGCUGGACUGCAUCUUCUGAUAAUUUUCCCCGUCUUGAGAAAUUGGUUGUCCGCUGGUGUAGAGAGUUGGAAGAGGUGCCUUCUUGUUUAGGGGAAUGUCCGACUCUUGAAAUGAUUGAGGUGACAGGGUGUCGUGAGUCUGUUGCAAAUUCAGUGAAGCAAAUUCAACAAGAACAGAGAGAUAUGGGAAAUGAGGCUCUAAAGAUCUUAAUUGAAGGUUGUGUUGAUGCGCGGAGUUCCAGCGAAGAAGAAGAAGAAUCAGAGUGUGGUUCCUCAGAAACAGAGCCAAUCUCCUCAGAAGAAGAAUCAGAGUCCAGCGAAGAAGAAGAAGAAUCAGAGUCCAGAGAAUGUCCGACUCUUGAAAUGAUUGAGGUGAGAGGGUGUCGUGAGUCUGUUGCAAGUUCAGUAAAUCAAAUUCAACAAGAACAGAUAGAUAUGGGAAAUGAGGUUCUAAAGAUCUUAAUUGAAGAUCCAUGGAGUUCCAGCGAAGAAGAAGAAUAUGGAGUUCUAGCGAAGAAGAAGAAGAAGACCAGUCAAGUUCCUCAGAAACAGAGUCAAUCUCCUCACAAGGAGUCUAAUGUUUCAUGA